AUGUGGGAAAAGGUCUUCGAUUCGGAGUCUGCCAUCUGGCGAGAUCGCUUUGGUAAACACUAUGACAUUGCUCCGGGAAGACGCUCUAGGGAGUUGAAGAUUGAAUACCAGAUCCGCGCCAUUGUACUGAGCUCUCUGAUCCAAUUCAAAGAAGAGGAAGAUGCUCGUCAAUACCUCUGGAUGCAGGUCAUGCAGACUAUGCUCGAGGAGGCUCUGAAGCUACCCAUUGCCCGUGGAGCGACCUCAAAGACCCUGCAACGGAUACAGGAGACCCUCAAAGGGGUAGAUUUCCUGAGUGAGUUUCGAAAAGGGCGAAGUUCCUCGCAACUAUUUUAUGCUCUCCAGCUUUGCCUCAGUUCAUUUGCCCUCGAUCCAACCAUCACCGAACCCUGUCGUCGAACCGACUACGACAUCAAACAAGUUUACUCAUAUGUAGACGAGGUGGGCAAGGCAUUCAUUGACCACGAUAACCUUGAUCUCGCCAAACUGCUGAACGUGCGCAAUUUCUGGCAACGUCAUUUUCUGAACGCUUCCGAACUUACCUUCCAAGAAUCCUUCUCUGGGCUGCCUGCGGAGAUGAAGCCUAAGGCGCGAAAGGAUAUUCCAACCGAGAUAUUCAUGCUAAGCCCAUCGUGGCUAGGAUACUACUCCUGCAUACAUCCGCUGUCAGACCUGCAAGGGAGCAACCAGCGCCAGACAUGCGCUGAUCUUGAGACACACGGGGACGGAAUCGAGAUAAUGGUGAGUGGAAGGCGAGUUUGUAAGGUUAUGACCACCAUGCUAACAAAUGUCAAGACCCUUGACCUCAAACCCUCCUCCGAACAGUUCUGGCCGGCGCAAUGCAGCAAGAUGAUCCCUCUCGCUGGCGGGCUCGAUACUAAGCGACUAUAUUUCGAUGGCAAGCAGAGAGCUUAUGAUGGCGCCUAUGAGGCAGGAAACACAGUGUUCGGGUUUACCGAAGAUAUUUCUCUCCCCCAUGGGGGCUUUGAGGGAUGGACGCGGAUCUGUUUUACCAUCGUCGAAGCGGAUGAGGAGGAAGAGGAGAAGCCUUUCUCCGUCGUGAUGGAUGGCGAGGGCUGGAUUCAUGGGUAUGAGGCCGUCAUAGUCCCCGGUGGGCGCAUGAUGCUGGGACGGUGGUUGGAUAUGAAGGAGCCAGAUGCCAGAGGCCCAUUCAUCUUUUGGGACGUGUGA